AUGGCGUUGGUCCGAGCAACGAGGGAUGCCUUUCUUUGGUGCAUGGCAGUUAUUUACUUGUUCGCUUUUUCGUCAUUUUACGUCCAGAUCCCAGGUUUGUUGGGUGACAAUGGAAUCCUGCCAGCAAGAGUUAUUGAAUUUAAAGAAGUCAAUUCAGUUGCAGAAUUCUUUCGGGGUAAACCUACUCUGUUACGGCUUAUGCCUUUCCUGGGACUUACAAUUGAGAAAGGCAUGGACCUUCUGUGUUUGUUGGGCAUCUUGCUAUCUUUCCUCUGCAUGACUAUAAAGUCUUUUAGGAACAGUAUAGAAUAUGGUGCCCUUUGGUUAUUAUACCUUUCACUUUAUCAGGUGGGACAAACUUUCUUUUAUUUCCAAUGGGACAUCUUGCUACUUGAAGCUGGUUUCCUUUCAAUACUUGUAGCUCCUCUAAACAUGUAUAUUUUAAUUUGGAAAACUGUGCCCUACCAUCAUCAUGACAAUAUCUCACUUUUUUUGGUAAAGUGGUUGCUUUUUCGAUUGAUGUUUGCAUCAGGUGUGGUCAAGCUGACUAGUAUGUGUCCCACCUGGUGGGGACUAACGGCUCUUAAUUACCACUUUGAAUCUCAGUGCAUUCCCACACCAUUGGCAUGGUAUGCGCAUCAUCUCCCACCCUGGCUUCUCAAUCUGGGAGUGACUGCCACGUUUUUGAUUGAAAUUGUGAUUCCAUUUCUCUUCUUUGCACCAAUUCGGCAUUUACGAAGAUUUGCUUUCUAUACACAGGUGCUGCUCCAAAUUGGCAUCAUUUUGACUGGAAACUACAAUUUUUUCAACCUUUUGACAAUUACUCUUUGUGUUUCUCUGUUGGAUGAUGAUUUCUUUCAAAAACGAAAAAGCCGUCGUUCGAAACAAAAGAGCUUUUGGUAUCGAGUAGCUGAUUGGGUAUUGACAGUUGCAGCAUAUGGUUACCUCAUCUACAUUCUUGUAAAAUAUUUCAGUCUUAGUUUUGGACCUGGCUAUACUUCUCUCAGAACAAAGAUUGCUUUUACCAAGACAGAGUUCAGUGAUUGGCUUGCUAAAACUGUACCCUACACAAUAAUCCUUGGAGCUAUUUCAUUAGGAAUUGAAAUUCUUGUCUCACUUGUAAGAUGUUGGCAAAGUGAAAAAACUCUCUUUCGAAGACUGACCUCAUCAUUUGGGGUUUGCUUAAUGGCUGGAGUUGCUGCUCUUAUGUUUGUUGUCAGCCUUGUUCCUCUCUCCCAUCUUCAUAAGCAGGCCACAGAAGACAUGUGGCCUGAAAUCAAACAAAUUCACUCUACUGUUGCACCACUGCGAAUUGCUGCUUCAUAUGGCUCUCUGCAAAGGUACAACUGUGCAGUUCCUUAUACUGUCAUUGAUGUGAAGAGUAACACUAACCUGAUGCCCCAGAUUAAAACUUGGCAUAGAAAACUAGAUCACCUGCAUCUUACUAGUAGUUACGGACUAUUCAGAGUGAUGACUGGUGUUGGUGGUAGACCUGAGGUUAUCAUUGAAGGUAGCAAUGAUAUGAAGGACUGGAAAGAAUAUCAUUUCCUCUAUAAACCUGGGAACCUUACAGAACGUCCAGUAUUUGUGGCUCCUCACCAACCUCGUCUUGAUUGGCAAAUGUGGUUUGCAGCUCUUGGUAAUUACCAACAUAAUCCUUGGCUGUUAACUUUCUGUUACCGAUUGUUGACUGGACAACCAGAAGUUUUGCAACUUAUUAAACAUAAUCCUUUCCCAGAAAAACCACCACAGUAUUUGAGAGCUAAACUACAUCAUUAUCAUUACACCAGUCCCAAACAGAUGAGUGUUAAAUACUCUAAAGUUGAUUGGUGGACACGAGAAAGUGUGAAUGAGUAUUUACCCAUUCUUGUCAAAAAUGACCAAGGUCUCCAGGAAUGGUUGCAGCAGAAUGGAAUUUUUCAGCCAAUUGAAAAAGUGAAGCAUUCCAAUUUAUUGGUGAAGGCAGUGUCAACUGUGCGAAACUAUUUUGGCCAACCAGAAGGCUUUACUUUUGUCAUGUCAAUAUUUUCGGCAGGACUUACAAUCAAUCUAAUUUCUAAAUACUUUCACUACUAA